AUGGUCACCUCAAUCGUCUCCGCUGUUUCCGUUCUCGGGCUGUUAGUGCUCCAACUUUCUGCUCUGCCCUUCGAAGACGACGGCCAAAGGGACACCAAGGCCUUGUACGAUGAAGUUAGGCAAUUGCUGCAACUCAACCAGGGAUAUUUGCAGGAUGCCCCCCAGUCGUCAGAGGAACAAACUACCGUAGCUGACAUAUCAGAAAAACCUGAUGUACCGAAAGUUGUACAAAACUGGCCGGAGGAACCUUUAAAAUUGGGACAGGUUUCAGGAGUGUCGGUUAAUUCUGCUCUCCAACCUGUUAUAUUCCAUCGAGUAGAUCGAGUGUGGGAUGAAACUACAUUCAAUGAAACGCACCACUACCAGCAAACGCAUCUGGGACCAAUACGAGAACAUACAGUUCUUACUCUAGAUCCACAAACAGGAAAAGUGCUGGGAAGAUGGGGAGCUGAUUUCUUCUACAUGCCACACGGUUUAACUAUUGACAGACAUGACAACAUUUGGGUAACCGACGUAGCGUUGCAUCAAGUGUUUAAGUUUAAACCUGGAGAGCUUCAGCCGUCUCAGACUUUUGGUCAAAGAUUAGAACCAGGAGCAGAUAAAAGACAUUUCUGCAAGCCUACAUCUACCGCUAUUGCAUCUACAGGAGAGAUCUUUAUUGCCGACGGAUACUGCAACGCAAGAAUACUCAAAUAUAAUGCUGCUGGUGUUCUACUUCGAAUAUUUCCUACUGCACCAGAAAUUCUAUCCCUUCAAGUGCCUCACGGACUGGCCCUCAUAGAAUCAUUGGACAGGAUUUGUGUUGCUGACAGAGAAAAUAUGCGUAUUGUAUGUCCUAGAGCAGGAUUAUAUACCUUGCAAGGAAAGAAGGAACCACCAUUAACGAUCACUUUACCAGAUAUGGGACGAGUUUUUGGAGUUUCUGCCAAAGGCAAGCUCGUUUACGCAGUGAAUGGCCCCACGUCCACGCUUCCCGUACAGGGAAUGACCAUCGACCCACAGACGGAGUCGGUCAUCGAUCAUUGGGCGCCUGAGGAGAAACUUGGACAGAAAUUUGGAAACCCCCAUGACAUCGCAGUGUGUCCAAAUGGUUCUGCAUUGUAUGUCGUCGAAAUAUAUCCAAAUAGGGUGUGGAAAUUCGAUUUAGUCCAACCUAAAAAAUAG